UCAUGCACUAUUAUAUAUGAACAUAGAACAGUGCGACAUUAGUGCACAGACUAACGAUGAAGGAAACAUCACAGAGCUCGCAGGAGAGAGCAAUUCUAAAAGCAAGUUUCGUGAAAAACGAAGUUUUGUUCAUCAUGCAGUCAAAGAAGCGCAAGUUAAAUUUCAGCGAAGAGUGUCUUUACUAUUGCAUGAAGUGCGUAGAACAAAGCACAGAAAACAUUAUGGGCUAUGACAUAGACUUCGACUUCAGAACGGCGCUACCGAUUGACGCCAAUUUUUUGGAAAAAGCGCAAAAAGUGUGCAUGGUGUGCGAGCACUUCCAGAUAAUAAAUCCGGGCUUGUUCGACCAUCUUCAGGAAAAACUAAAGAUGCCCUUGCAAACAAAACGUUCGGUAUGCCAUGCACUCUCGUGCUUAAAGACAGGACUUUUUAGGGAUGGCAUAACAUGGGCCAAAGUAAUAGCGUUCUACGCUUUCAUCAGUGCGCUGGUGGUCGAGUGUAUCACAAAGGGUAAUUGUCAAUAUAUAGUGAACAUCAUAUACGCUGUGAAGCAAUUUAUCGAUGGUGAAUUGGUACCGUGGAUAAAAGAAAACGAAGGAUGGGAUCACAUGUUGUAUCAAUUUCGGUCGUUGGACAUAACAAAACGCGAUAAAGACUUUGAUCACGACGGCCUGAUGAAGAAAACAAGCACGUUCGUUGGACAAAAUGUCUUGAAAAUGGCACGAAGCUUUAGUGACGCACUUGUCACGGGCAUCUGUGUCUUAUUCAAAAACAUUGACGAUAGCCAGGAACUGCCCGAGAGCACGUAUUUUUAAAAUUUUAACGAAAAUUACGAAACCCGAAAAACUUUACAAUAAUCUUCUUCAAAGAAUCAAAGAAUUUGGGAAUUCACUUCCUUAAAGGAAACCUUCCCGCAGAGAACGGUGAACGGACCUUUCUUAAUUAAGCUGCGGGAGAUUAUAUACUGGCCAAAAGGGAAGUACAUGAUCGUGGUUUUCUAAAUUUAAACAUGAAGAUCGCGGAUGGCCAACAAACAAUACGCAACCGAAGCUAGACGACAUGAUAGUACAGACUAACCAUAUUCUUUUCUUAGCGCGUCACACUUACAUCGUCUAGCCGGUGUCGGACUCUUAAAUAAGACACAACUAAUUUUCUCUUGUAUAUAAACGUUCCCAAUAUGUACAUACGAAGUGAUGAGGUCAUAUCAACAUUAUUAAUAUCACAUAUAUCCCCGUAUACGUACGUAAAGAACUUAAAAUUUAACUGUAGAAUCGUAAAUAUUUCUCUCGUGUAAGAACAUUAUAUAUGUAUUAAUAUCGUAUUGCCAACAGACAGCAACGACAAAUUUCAUUUCUCA